AUGAAAAUGCCUGUAGAAAAAGAAAAAAAAAUAAAAAAUGAAAAAAAAAGAAAAAAAGAAAUGAAAGAAGGAGAAGGAGAUAAAGAAGAAAAUGUCGUCGAAGGUGGCGAAGAUGGAAAUAUCGAAAUAUUAGAAAAACAAUUGAGCACGGAUGGCGAAUUGGAAAAAAGUACGGAUGAGGAUUUAAGCGCGGAUUUAUUACAAUUAAUGGUUCCAGUUGCUAACGACAAGUCUGGAGAUCGUAGGACGUCAUCGUUAGGAGACACCACAGACGAUGAUUUGGACGAGGAUGAAUAUCAAACGGGUUGGGCGUCUGACGUCAUACAUUUACCACCAUCGAUCGAAGUCGAAAUAAGAGUUCACAAAGGAACGGAACCUUUAGGUAUAAGCGUGGAUUCCGUAGACAGAGGAGUUAACGGAAUGUUGGUUGUUUUGGUUGUACCCGGAGGAGCAGUCGCACGUGAUGGUCACAUACAUCCGGGUGAUUACCUCGUGUCCGUAAAUCACGAAACAUUAAGAAAAGUUACCAAUUCUCAAGCGCGUGCCAUAUUACGAAGAGCACAACUUCUUUCGACUGAUAUUAGUGUUACCUACAUACCCGAAGAAGCGGCUGCUGCUUACAGGAAAUCGAUAAGACAAGAUUCUCAUUCGUCUGUUAGAUCUUCUCCCGUAGCUGCACUUCGUCACACGUCUCCAAGGUCUCCUUACAUACCGUCCGACAGCAGUCUCGAAUCAUCCGAAGAAAGAGAAAAAGAAAUACGGAGUGCCGAGGAUAAAAUUUUUGGUACGCCAGAGAAAAAACUCGGAGUUCGGAGUGAUUGCGAGUCGUUCAAAGAAGAAAACAACGAAUUGCUCAAGAGUUUAAGUAUAUAUUCGAGUUCCGGGGAAGCCUUUACGAAAGAAAAAAAAGGCAACGUGUCGAAUGAUGAUGACGACGUAUCGUCAUUUAAAAGAGACUCGUUGCCUUGCGUCGAAACGCCUUACAAUCGCGAAUCAAUCAAAGACUUUGUUGUGAAUAAUAAAAAUUACAAGAAAUUAUCACAGACUAAAUCCGUCGAUAGAACGGAUGCCAAACAGGGACCCCUGUCCGUUUGCGUCGUGGACGGUUUAUACAGUGUUCAAAGUCGAAAAGGAAAUAAAGUUCUCGUCGGAAUUGAAUUGAGCAGAAAGGAUAAAUUUCAAUCAUCGGAAUCGUCGGGGAAAGUCAAAGAUAAAAAAGGAGGAAUUGCGACGUCGACGAUAACGACGACGACGACUACGACUACGACUACGGCUUCCGUAAGUUCGAGCAAGAAAAAAGAUGAUGAUAAUAAUAAGGGUGAAAGUGAAAUGAAAUUAAACAACGAUACGAUUAAUGUUGAUUAUCUAAACGGUAAAAAGGUUAAUAAAAAACUUAUUAGCGGUAAAAGUUUGCCGGCCGUCGAAGUUUCAUUGGACGGUAGAACUCAAAGAAAAUUAUCUCCGGUAAAAGACGAAAAAGAGAUUUAUCAUUUGGAAAAAGCGAGCGGAACCAUCGGGGAUCGCGAUAGUUUCAUACAGGGUUACGAAGACGAAAUACAAAAAGAAAUCGAAGUAAGGGUCGAAAUAGUCGAAGUGAGUGAAGAAAGUGCCGAUGAACUGACUUGCGAAAAAGUCGAGAGAACGAUCGAUGGAAAAAAAUCGAAGGAUUUCGAUGAGAAAGACGAUAAUAAAAAAAUAAAAAUUUGUCAUCACGUGGAAAAAGAAAAAUCGACGUCGGACGGUGCGGAGAGUCGUGGAAAUAAGGAAGAAAUAAAACGUAAUAAAACAUUAGAGGAAAAAUUUUCGGAGAAAGACGAAAAAGUAAUAAAAAGUGAUACGCAAAGUUUUGACGUAAAAGAAAAUUACGAUGAUGACAAUAAAAAUCGUGACGAUGACGAUGAUGACGAAAAAGAAAAAAAUAAAAAAAAUUUAAACAAUGGUGACGUCGGUGAUGAUGACGUCGAGGGUGGUGACGUAGAUCGAGAAGGUUCGUCAAAUCUAUCGAAUGAUUUAAAAACAAAGAGGAAAAUAAUACAAACUCGGUUGCCAAGUUUCGAGUGCACUUGCGACGGAAUUUACGACGAUGCCAGUCCCGAACGGAUUUGCACAUGCGUUUCUCCUUCGGGACAUUUGGAUACGUGUUUAGACGUUCUCUCGGACGAUUCUAAAAGAACUUCGCAUUAUCACAGUGCGGAAAUAACCGUUCACUCUUGGGAUUUGGGUAGUAAUUUUGCAAGUCCCGAAUUGACGGUCAAUCAAGAAAUAGCCAACACGGAAAGUUUUUAUUCUUCCGGCGAAGAAUUUAAAAGUGGAGGAACUUCUCCAUUUUAUUCUCCGAGAGGUGAUUCUCCAGAUUUAUUACAAAGUACAAAAAAUUCUAAUAAAAUGGACAAGGAGGUAUCCGCAAAUAUUUUGUUGGCAAAACAUUGGGGACCCGAGAGGCACGUGGAAGUCGUUAGGGAACCCAAUUGCAGCCUAGGAAUCAGCAUCGUUGGCGGGAAGGUUGAUUUGUAUAAUGCGGGCCCAGAUAGUAGUUCGGCUAUUUUAGGAAUAUUUAUUAAAAACGUACUUCCGAAUAGUCCAGCUGGUAUAAAUGGAGAAUUAAAGACUGGAGAUAGAAUAUUGGAAGUUGAUUCGAUCGAUUUAAGAAGUGCCAAUCACGAGAAAGCCGUUGAAGUCAUAAGAGGUGCCGGAAAUAAAGUUAAAUUUCUUGUCCAGUCAUUGAUUCAAUGGAAUGUCGAAGGAGAUUCGGAUAUCGCUUCGAUUAGUUCCGCUCCAGCGUCUAUCAAUGAUAUUGAAAUCGAACGAUGUCGUCCGACGACUCCAGUAGUUACGAUUUGCACUCCUGAACCGAUCGUCAUACAGGAAGGUUUACCAGAUUUCGAAAAACAAUUGGUACAAGAAAGAAAACAAUCGUUAUCGAUGGAUUCGGAAAGUGAAAAAGACACGAAAUCAGAACAAACGACGAAAAUAAAUAAAAAAAGUGCCGGAAACGUAAAAAGAACAAAAGCGGAAAAAGAAAAUGAUCCGGAAGAGCCCGACGAAUUCGGAUAUACUUCGAGUAGUUAA